AAGAUAGCAAAGUACAAAGCUGCAUGAAUAUCAUAGUUAAUCAAGAAGAAUGCUUUCCAGACUGCACUUGAUGUGUCUUAAAAUGGUGCAAGUUGCUGUGUCCAUUCUGCUGCUUACAGGUGUAUUGGGAGCGCCGUUUGUGUCUGAAGAAGAAGCAAAUGAGUUUAUACAACUUAAAAGACAAACACGAUAUUCUCAGAAUUAUUGGGAUCCAAGCAGCAGCCAGAAUGCAUGGGGUUACACUCUGGCUAAACAGCUUAGUGAAUUAUGGACGGCUUUGAGAACCACAACACAAUACUACAUGGACUUGGGAUCUUUUGCCUUUGAUCCUGCCCUUGCCCGGUGAGUUUUGUCUAAAGAUAGGGACCACAUUAGGUCUUACAUGGAUAUGCUACAGGAAUCUGGGGCUCACCUCCAGCAGCAGAUAAGAAAACACAACUAAACCUAAGAAAUUUCACGUAUCUGCCAAUGUACUGUAUGGGAGGAUCUUUAUCCAGGAGUUGCACUUUUAGCUAUUUGCCACAACCACAUUUACUUUGUCCUGUACCUUAUUAAGACAUCUAAAGCUGAAACACACACACAGUAGCCCCACAAAGUCAAUAGUUUGUAUUCAUCAAGUUACAAAUGUAAUGUUAAAUCAUGCUAAAUUGAACAUAAACGGUGAAGAUGACCAGGCACCCAUAGUGUUUUAGUAGGACAGGUUAAAUUUUUUUUCUUUUUUGACUAAAUGGAUUCCCCCUCUUCCCACUCCUACAAAAUCGUCCAUUUAAAUAAAUGUUGUCAUUCUGGCAACUGAAAACUGGUUUUUCACUUCUUUAACUAAAGACUUUGGCAUUUUAGUUACUGAAAACUGAAAUUUUGGGGUUCCAUUUUUUUUGCUAAACCCAAAUUUCAAAGGAAAUUUUUAAAAAGAAAUACUCCCUCCCUCCCCCUUUGGGUGUGUGUUUGAGGAUAGUGAAAAUCAUGUCAGCUCUAGUUUUCACCAUAGGAAGCAAGAACGUUUAAUAUUGUGGCCAAUACAUUAGGUGAUUUAGAAUACAGCUUCCACUUCACUACCUCCAAAACUCUGCUUUCAGCAUUGAAAGUAUUGGUCUUGAGCUCUAAAGUGCAAAAUGGUUGAAGUCCGGAUAACCUGAGCGAGCUGCUCUCUACUUACAGGACAUCAAUUGUCAUCAGUGAAGACACUUAUUUGCAGCACCCUGUUUAACAUGGAUGUGACUAGUGACAAGGCAUUUUCCAUCACAGGUCUCAAAUUCUCUCUUCAGUCCAUCAGCCAAAACUACUUGACCAUCAGGACACGUAUUGUCUCAGGCUUUUUGGCCUCUUGAAGAAUAGCAUAGGUGAAGGAGGGUGGUUUUACUGUGAUGAUUUAGUUUUCCUCCUUGGAUUAAUAAAGCAGAUCAUAUGUAUUGGGGAUUUUCUUAUAGGUACAAGUACCCAGAGCUACAGUGAAGUGACUGCAAACUCUAAAGGAAAUAUUAAAUCUUUUGAAGCUGAAA